CGUAGUUCAGGCGCAACGGAAAUCUCACAGCGGCGCACUUUACCACGCUCUCGUCCAGCUGCGGUGUUGCUGAUGGGAGCAGUAGUAGCCGUGACGUGUCGGUGACGCGGCAGCACCCUCCUCCCUCGCUCCGCUCUCCGCCAGCAGGACAAUGCUGUUGUUUGGUUUUCAUCUGCGGGCUGACAGGACGAAGUCUCCCGCGGGCUGCUCGGGGAUCAGAUCCGCGUUUUCCUGCCCAAACAGAAGAGUGCAUGAAAGUACAUCGGACCAAAGAUGGAGGCCUGGCCAGCGGUGGCCUGGGUCCUGCUGAUGACCAGCAUCGCCGACUGGCUGAAAACUGUCCAGUCGCGGGACUUCACCAUGAUGGACAUCAUCCUGCUGCAUCCCUCAACUACACCUCAUCCAGGUGGCUUCAAGUGCUUCACGUGUGAAGACGCUGCAGACAACUACGAGUGUAAUCGCUGGGCGCCGGAUGUCUACUGUCCAAAAGAUGCCAGAUACUGUUACACGCUCCACAUGAUGGAUCACCAUGGGGAGAGCGUGUCCGUCACCAAGCGCUGUGCGACCCUGCAGGACUGUCAGUUCGCUGGCUGCGCUACCGUCACCGAUAACGGCUAUCAGGUGUGCUCAUCGUGCUGCGAGGGGAACAUCUGCAACGUGCUGGUGCCGAGGAACGAGAGCAGCGCCGUGUUCUCCUCCAAGUCCCCUCUAGUCGGCUCCAGCAGGCGGGUUCUUCCUUCGCCGCUGAGCUGCAUCAGCGUCAUCGUCAUCAGUAUCUUCGCAGCCGGACAUGUUUGAGGAGGACAAACUCUGAGCCUGCCACUUCUGUACUAUACUCCACUUAAAUUAGGUUCUUCCUCCUGUCAGACAAUACUUACAAUAUGCUCAAACUUUUUUUUUUGUAAUUUAUUUAUACCAUAUAAAUGCCAGUAUUAUUACGAGUCUAUUACUAUUAAACCAUGUCCGUGUGUAUUUUUUGAGGUCUUGUUUGUCUUAAUUAAAUAGCCUGUGAAAUUCAUUAUCAUUGUGUGUGUUGUAUGUAAUUAAUAUAUGUACAAUAAAUCAUUCAUUUCUGUGGUUUACUAUGAUGAGACUGGCUUAAAUAAAUGCACUUGUCCUGUUGUGAGCGGGUUUGCUUGGGGGUGAUCCUCAGUAUAAAGUGAGCAAGGGUGGACUCAGGAUGUUUGAGGGUCAGGGGCAGACAAAAUUUACUUUUACUAUUUAUGUGUAUGAACCUGGGUCACUGUUUUGAUCACUUACAACUUGGCUCGACAGAAAAUUAAUGACUUGAACGUAAAGGUGAAAUAUUCGUGAAUGCUUUGACUUUAGACAUGAUGAGGUGAAGCCCUUGUCUGCGCUAAAUUAAUGUUUUCAGUUUUUCACUGUUUGAAAGUGAGAGAGAAGCAAUUAAAAGGUGCAAUAUGUAAGAAUUGGCAACAUCUUGCACUUGGGCAGGCCAGGGUGAGCUGGGUACCAUGCUGACUUCAUUAAAUUUUAAGUUAUUUCUUCACAUUCAACUCAAAUCUUACAUAUUGCACCUUUACGAAAGAAACAGGCUGUUAAAAAGUCCAAACAUCUGCUAGUGCUAAUAAAAAUAUAGAAAAAAAAGGUAAACAUCAUAACUUGUUGUCAUUUAAGAGUCACAGAAUAACCUUAAUCAGAGUUGAGUACACUUUCACUAAAAAUGUUAAGUGAAGGAUUUAAACCAGCCUGUCCGCAGUGACUCACAUCAACCACUAGGUGGGGACAAAUAGCCACAAGUCUUUCUGUCUACUAUUCAAACAAAGCUGAAUUUACAGAUGGGCACUAACACAGAGGACACAGAUGAGGUGUUGAAAUCUGAUGCAGCAGUUCAGCUUUCUUUGUUAAGCUGCUCACAGAUCAUCCAACAGUUUUGAGUAAAGUUCAUAUUAAGAAACUAAAAUCAGAAAGAACAAGGAGAAAUGUCUGUGAAGGGGGCACACACUCAACUGCGACACGAAGUACAGCAUCACAGCAGCGUGAUGAGAUGUCACUUUUUAUUUGUUCAGCAGUUCCGGGUGAGUUCUGUCACAGCUUGUUGCUUCAAACCGGGAGAGCAUCCACAUUUCUUUAUAUCCUGUGCAACGAAAAAACACAUCCUGUACAUGUUUGUAUGAAAAGUUUAUCGACCUGAUAUCAUUUGGUAAGAAUCCUAUCUGAAGAUCAAGAAUCUGAAUCUUUUCACAUUUGCGUCCAACGGCUGCUUUCAGACCAUUUCAAACGCACGAUACUUUUAUAUUAAAACACAGAAAAAGUGUUAACAUAGAAACUUUCCGAACAUCUUGAAAAGCCUUUCAUUUGUAGUCAGAAUCGUUCCCAAUGCACCGAGUGUGUUUCCUCCCUGGAUGUGGUGCAGGAUGAACUGGGCUGACAUGUCACCUCCCAUCAGUCGGGCACAGCAUUGAGAUUUACAUUAAAGUCUCACUCAGGUCCUGGUUACAGUAAGACAAACUCUGCACAGCCUUUCAAUGAGAGCACCAUACACCAAGCUCUUCAAGCCAUAAACAGAGGCCUUGUGUUUGGAUUUAGUGCUGCGAUUUAUUAAAUAAAGCAAAAAAAAAAAAAAAA